GGUCCUUAUCGAUUGCCUCGGUCCGACCUGCUUCGCGCUUAUUCUCGGCCCCGUGUUUCCUCGUUCGGCGUAUUUCCACGAGGAAACUCCGGUCUGCGGGAGUUGGUACAUUAUUUGUAUACCACUGGCACUGGCAGACAAGAGUUGAUUGGAGUCGUUUACCAAUUACGAGUUGUUGCUCUGCGUCCUUGAGAAUACCUUCCCUACGCGACCGAGUACUCCCACAUGGCUUCACUGUCGAGGUUCUCAUCAAGACUGAUGGCCAGCUCCUCGAAGGCCAGCGCGCCCGCGCAGAGGCUGGCCGCGCUCAGUCGCCAGUUCUCGACGACACCAUCCAAAGCCUUUGAAGUGAAGAAGUUGGGGGUUGUUGGAGCCGGGCAAAUGGGUCUUGGAAUCGCCCUUGUUGCAGCCCAAAAAGCACAAGUGCCAGUAACAUUGGUCGACAACUCGCAACAGUCGCUAGAAAAGGGCCUCGCAUUCGCAGACAAACUCCUCGCCAAGGACGUAUCGAAGCAAAAGAUCACAGAAGAAGUGGCCAAGGCCACCAAGGACAGACUGAAGACGACAACCCAGCUAUCGGACCUGUCCGAUGUCGACAUGGUCAUCGAAGCCGUACCUGAGAUUCCAUCUCUCAAAGAACAGAUCUUUGCCCAACUGGCCGACAUCUGUCCGAAACACGCGAUCCUGGCCACGAACACAUCGAGCAUCAGCAUCACUAAGAUUGCGCGGGCGACGACAAAGGAUGCCAACGACACGUCUGCCUCGUCGAGGGUGGUGUCGACGCAUUUCAUGAACCCGGUGCCUGUGCAGAAGGGCGUGGAGAUCAUCGCGGGGCUCCAAACUUCGCCAGAAACACUCAAGAAUGCAAUGGCUUUCUGCGAAAAGAUGGGUAAAGUCUGCUCCGUCUCCGCUGAUGUGCCGGGAUUCCUGGCCAACCGCAUCCUGAUGCCUUAUAUCAAUGAAGCCAUCAUCUGUCUGGAAUCUGGAAUCGGGACAAAAGAGGAUAUUGACAAUAUCAUGAAGAAUGGCACUAAUGUCCCCAUGGGUCCUCUUACUCUGGCUGACUUCAUUGGCCUGGACACUUGUUUGGCCAUCAUGGAAACCCUGCAUGCUGGCCUCGGUGACAGCAAGUACAGACCUAGUGUCCUGUUGAGACAGUAUGUUGAUGCUGGCUGGCUGGGCAAGAAGACGGGCAGAGGCUUCUACGAAUAUAAGUGAGCUCCCACUCUCUGCUUGUAUUAUUGGAUGUUUGACAUUUUGUACCGUUGGAGACACUGUUUGAGCCAGUCUCAUUGAACCAUGGCUUUGUCUAAGAGGCACGAAGGCCAAAAAUACCGGCGCUGGAGGUGGUCUAUACUUGGGAGCACUUUGACGGCCCAGGCAUCUAGACUUGAAGGAUCGAUGAGCGGAUUUAAAAGAAUAUGCCUUGAGUCCAGAAAAACUUUCGUCUAUUGCAUGAUAUCGUAUAUUUAUAAACAUGGUACUUCCACAUAGUGGAUCCAUCUGG